AUGUUUUUCCCCUUUAAAAAUGAGCAAAAAGAUUUAUUUUCCAGUUUUAUUGCUGUAAGGAAUGUUUUUUAUCCUGAAGUCAGCAUCGGGAUCAUAGCCAACGCCUUCCUUCUCUUCCAAAUCCUCUCGUUCUUUCUCAAGCACAGGCCCAGGCCCACCGACCUGACCAUUGGGCACCUGGCCCUCAUCCACCUGCUGAUGCUGAUCACUGUGGGGGUCAUAGCCACAGACAUUUUUGAGUCUCAGGAGGUAUGGGAUGACAUCACGUGUAAAGCUGUCAUCUACUCGUACCAGGUGACACGGAGCCUCUCCCUGAGCACCACCUGCCUGCUGAGUGUCCUCCAGGCCAUCACCCUCAGCCCCAGGAGCUCCUGGUUGGCAAAGUUCAAGCACACAUCCUCACAGCACAGCAUGUGUGGGUUUCUCUUCCUAUGGGUCUUCAAUUUGUCCAUCAGUGCUCGUUUCUUAAUUUCUACUGUUGCCACCAAAAAUUGUACAUCCCACAGUCUUAUGUUUGUCACUAAAUCCUGCUCUCUUCUGCCCCUGAGCUACUUACCCAGGUACACAUUUUCCAUAUUGUGGAUCUUCAGGGAUGUCUCCCUUGUAGGGCUCAUGGCCAUCUCAAGUGGGUACAUGGUGACUCUCCUGUGCAGGCACAAGAGGCAGUCCCAGCACCUUCACAGCACUAGGAUUUCUCCAAGAGCCUCCCCAGAGCACAGGGCCACCCAGACCAUCCUGCUGCUGAUGAGCGUCUUUGUGUUCCUGUACUUGACAGACUGCCUUGUGUUCUCAUUCUCAGGGCUGUGGUGGAAAAAUGACCCAGUUCACGUCUGUGUCCAGUUGUUAGUGGGCAAUAGCUAUGCCACCAUUAGUCCUUUGUUGUUCAUCAGUAGUGAAAAACGAAUGAUCAAGCUUUUCAAAUUCAUGUGGGAGAAGGACAGUGUGUGUUUGUUCAGGAAUAAAUAA